GGGCCAGGAGAUGGGGCUGAGCUCUGCGAAAGACCUCCCUCCAGCAUGCAGCCAGACUCCAAAAAUGGUCACAGGGAAGCAAUGUCACAGCACUUCCCAGCCUCCGCCUGUGGUGCCCACAAGGUGUGCCACACAGCCAGGACACGGUCAAGGAGGAGCAGGAGGUGGCCGAGAUGGGGCCGCCCGAAGGUUCAGCUCCCAUGACCAGCACAGUGAUCACCAUCCCCAGGGAGACCCCCCACCGGGACCACGUCCUCUGGUCGCUGUUCAGCACCCUCUUCCUGAACUGGUGCUGCCUGGGCUUCGUGGCUUUCGCCUACUCCGUGAGGGCGAGGGACCGGAAGAUGGUGGGAGACAUCAUUGGGGCCCAGAGCUAUGCCUCCACCGCCAAGUGCCUGAACAUCUGGGCCCUGGUCCUGGGCCUCCUUCUGACCAUUACACUUAUUGCUGUUUUUGCCACUGUUUCAGCGGUGAAUUUCAGACUGUAUUUUCGGAUUUAAGGCAACAGGGAGGCUACCAGCAGCCAUCCACGGCCCAGCCCAAGUCCCCCACCAUCCACACUGGCCCUGCCCCACCCCCUCCCCUUCCUACAGCAGGUGCUAGAGACCUACCUGUCCACAACUGGGUUCAAUAAAGUGCUCUUGCCUGUGAA